AUGAUCAAACAGGAAACGAACUCUCCUGGAUUGCCAGUAAAUAAACCUGAUACACCUGGUACAAUGGAGUGUUCUACCGGCUGUCAAGCAGAUCGGGCCGCUUUGCCUGUCGAUUCUAUGGUCACGGAAAGCAACCAGGCAGCACAAGAUCAAAUGAUGGAGUGCAAAAUGGAGGAAAUGACGAAAAUCGAAGAGCAAGAUACUAAAAUGGAAACACAAGGUGAUACACCUCUUGCCAAACAGCUCGCGUCAAACGACCUGGCUGGUAUCACUCCCGAGGAGCUCCACACCAAAACAGUUCUUGACAUUACAAAACCCAAUCUGGAUAUUCUGUUCGUCGGGAUCAACCCUGGCUACCACUCAGCCCUCACUGGUCACCACUAUUCUGGGACUGGUAACCACUUCUGGACUUGUCUGUACACAUCAAGAUUAAUUCCGGAGCCUUUCACUGCCGAUAGGGACCGAGAAGUACUUCAACAUGGCAUUGGGCUAUGUAACGUUGUAUCGCGGACAACCGCCUCUGGACAAGAUCUCAGCUCUUCCGAAAUUCGAGAAGGAUGUAGACGUCUUGUUGACAAGUUAUCCACCCUCCAGCCGCUCGUGGCUUGUUUCAAUGGAAAGUCAAUAUGGGAGUCUUUCUGUCGGGAAAUGCUCCCCGGGACAUACAAAAAGCGUGACUUCGCUUUCGGCCGUCAGGAUAUUGCUCCAUUGCCGGGCAUCAAAACCGUCUUUUACGUUAUGGCAAGUUCUAGUGCCAGAUGUGCGGCGUUUCCAACAGCCGAGACUAAACUGCCUUUUUUCCGAGAAGUUAAAAAUAUCAAAGACAAAUUAAAAAGCGAAGAAUCAGCAAAAGGUCUCGCUGGACUUUCAAGCAUCGGUGGAAACCUGCCGAAAUUCACUGGCCACGAUGUCAGCCCGAAAGUCUAUUCCGGCUCGCCCAGACCUCCAGGAAUCGACGAUGCCAAGGAGCGAAAAGGGAAGAAACGCCCGAUCGAGGAGUCUGAUCAUCCGAAAUCGAAGCUGAAACACAUGACUAAAAAGGAUGAUGGACCGGUCAUUCCGCAGCAUCGACUUGCAGGAGGUGGAAUUUCGCACGAUAUGCUCAAGGAUCCGUCAGAGAAUGAACGAAUGGAGCGAGUUAGAAAAUGGGUAAAUGGGCAGGAUUUCUCGCGAGCAUCGCCAGAGCCGCCUCUGCCGAGUGAUACGACUAGAGCUGAUCAACAAACACCACAAGACUUAUACAACGCGCUGCAGAAACAUAUGCAGCCAAUUACGAUGCUCCAUCACGGCGCAGCUGUUCAUCCCUUUUUGUCAAAACCGGAUUAUUGGCCAGCUUUAGGGCUGUCAGACGACCGAGUCCUCCAGUCCGCUUAUAACUUACAGGGAGUCACUCAACCACUUGCACCGACAUCGUUGAGUGCCUUCCAAGGGCUUUCAUCAGGUCUAUCCACCGCUCUUGCUGGAGGAACUGGCCUGUCAAGCAAUCCCGGAACUGCACCAUGGCCAUAUGGAGCUUUACAGUCUGGCGUAUCUCCUUCGCUUUAUAGACUUCCUGCAAUCUCCCCGUAUGACUGGAGUAAGGCACUUACAGGCGCAGCAGACGCAUCAGCGCGUGUGAUACCGUUUGUGCCCGUGAUUCCCGCCCAACUACCGACUGGUCUUUCAAACUCGUUGCAGUUCGUCCUCCCCGGCCAAAAUCCCCAGGGCGUGAUCUACCCCGGCGGCUAUAAUUUACCUGAAGGUGGCUCCAAAAACCCACCGCAAUGA